AUGCCUUCUGCCAAUAUUUACUGGAAAAAAGACGGAGAACGAAUCAUACAGGGUGACGACUUCGGCUUGGAGGAUAAUGAACCUUUGUAUGAGGACCAAGCAAUUGCGGCUAAUCGACCCACAGUUCGUCUCAGUUCUCAGACGUCUCGUGUCUAUGUUGACUGCUUCACUCCGGAUAAAGCCGGAAUAUAUGAAUGCGUGGCGGAAACACCCUACAAGAGAAUAACACAUAAAACCAUUGUAAAACCAACCUGUGUAGUCACUGACCCGAGUUUUUACGCGGCUGGUUAUAUCUUUCGAUUAUUGAACCACGUGCUUUGCAGCGGCAAUUCUAUCUCUGAAAAUGUAGAUACCCAAUGCUUGAUGACCAAGAAAAAUGCACGCAUGGAACCCGCCCGUAUAUACUUAUUCACAACUUAUCGCAUUGAGAUGGCAAAUGCCACCGUGCAACUUCUGUGUCGGGCCGAGGGAAACCCUAAACCAACCAUUACGUGGUUUGACCGUGAAAGAAAUCCCAUUGGUCCUAAUACUCUGGGAUAUAAGCAACUCCGAAAUGGGGAUUUGGUACUGCAAAGCUGGAACCUAUCACCUAGCUUUCAUUUCUUCUUGUGUGAAGCCGAGAACAGAUUUGGUGUUGACACCGUAGAAUCUAAAGUCUAUCUGACAGCAUAA